UGGCUGGAAGGGGAAGGAGAGAGAGACCGAGAGCCGGGUCGGAGCGGACCGACUGCUGUUCAGAAAACACUGGCCUUUCCGCUCUCUACCCACAGCCGCACGUUGCUCGCCGUGCACCGACACUAGGUGGACAUCCCGCCGCCCGAACCGUCAGCCUGUGCUUGUUCAAGGGGGAAAGAGACCGUGCGUCGGUUGUUUGACCUUCUCCCGCCGCUGCCAUGUUGACCGCCGCGAGACUGGCCCCGGCCGCAGCUGCGGUUCGCUAUAGAUCUGGAGCUCUUUGUAGACCUCUUUCCGUGUCAGUAAUGUUGACAUCAGAGGCUCGGUUUGGAAAAGAGAACACAACGUUUCUGAGAAGGACCCAGGGCAAAAAUUCAUUUAUUCAAGAUGUGCUGCGAGAGUUCCAGACAAGUGCUACAAGACAGGAUAUUGACACUGCUGCAAAGUUCAUUGGUGCUGGAGCUGCCACUGUUGGAGUGGCUGGUUCCGGCGCUGGAAUUGGAACCGUUUUUGGUAGCCUUAUUAUUGGUUAUGCCAGAAAUCCUUCACUGAAGCAGCAAUUAUUCUCAUAUGCCAUCCUUGGAUUUGCCUUGUCUGAAGCAAUGGGACUCUUCUGUUUAAUGGUUGCUUUCCUCAUUUUGUUUGCUAUGUAAAAUUUGUUGAUUAACAGCCUAAUCACGUACAAAUGUAAUUAAUAUUUCACUGUGGCUCCCACAAGUAUUUAUGUUGGUGUCAUGGAAAUGUAUAUUUCCUAAGUGAGUUCUCAAACGUUCCAAUAAAUCCUGAUACAAA